UGUAGCGGUAAAUAAUUCCCCAAAAUCAAAUAGCUCUGUAAGUUUUCGACAUUGGAUGCUGACCACAGUUUUAGUGGACUCAUCUAGCUGAAGGCGCUCGGUCAAGCAUCCGCACCAGAUCACGUGUGGGAACGCCGUGCUCAACAUCUGCCUCAAUCGCUAGCCAGAUUAGUGCAAACGAUCCUCGAUAUAUUGAUAGCUUAUCAAAUAUAUCUUCGAUCUCCUCGCUUCUGUCUUUUGAUUUUACUUGGUGGGUGCGCUUCGUAUUAGAAGGUGUUACUGGUUAAAGCGUUGUCAAACUCCGAAUACCUGUGGCAUCUUCAUUGGUGAGCCCGACGUGAUCUGGUACACCAUAUUGUAAACUGUGAGUCUGUUCCUUUUUGUGAUUUUAUAUAUCAUUGUCUUAUUUUAAUUUCUUUUUUUUUACAUUGUGAUAUUUUUUUUCCGUGUUUUUGGGUUCAUAUAUAUAUUUGCCACUCGUUCACUUUUCGUACUUGGUAUAUUACUAUGACUGAACAGACCCCUAAAGUAUUUAAGUUAAAGACUGUGUCCCCACCCUCUUUCCAACUUAUGCCUUUCUGGCCAGACAACAUCGAAGCCUGGUUUUGUUAUGCAGAAGCCGACUUCUACGAGCACGGUGUGAACGAUGCGCGUGCACAAUUCCUCGCAGUAGUCAAGGCACUACCGCGCGAAUUCAACAGGUACGUAACACCUAGUAUGUUUACUAGUGAUGUUUCUGAUCCAUACCAAACCCUGAAACAGGCCAUCCUUAAACGCGGAGAUCUAACCGAUCGACAAAGGUUAGACCAACUCCUUAACAACAUCGACCUGCAACACGGUUCUGCCACAGACAUGUUGCAAAGAAUGCGAGAAGUCAUUGGCCAAAGAACCUUCGAUGACGGCCUAUUCAAGCAACUUUUCUUAUCCAAACUUCCUCAACAGGUGCAAGCUGUUUUGGUCUCGUUCCAAAACAACGCUGUAGACGAACUAGCGGCAUCUGCCGAUCGCAUUCUCGAGAUCACUAGGUCUCCUAACGCCGAGGUUUUUUCAGUCAAAGAAAAGCCUCAAACGACCCAGAAUGACAUAACACAGUUAUGUCAUACACUUACGCGCUAUCUCAAACUCGGUAACGACCGUAAACGAUCACUUACUCCGCGGAGAAGCACAUCACGUAGGCGAUCUGUAUCUAGAACUCGAGAGACGGAUAAUCCUGAUUGGUGCUGGUACCAUAACCAGUACGGAAAGUCUGCCAGAAAUUGCAGAAAACCCUGCAAUUUCCCCAACGCGAAAUCCGUCGACGCGAAGAACGUUUCGGGAAACUUCCAAGCCGGCACGCGUUAACGGCGACCGUAGCCGGCGAACAUAGCCGUCUUUUAUAUGUCACUGAUGUGAUAACGAGAGUUCGCUACCUCGUAGAUACUGGCGCAGAGGUUAGCGUUCUCCCAGCGAAUUCCGACGACAGGCUACACGAGCCUGUUUUAAAUCUACAGGCGGCAGACGGAAAGCCUAUCGCUACUUAUGGCCAAAGGUAUGUUUAUCUUAACGUGGGUUUACGCAAACCCAUUCACUGGAUUUUUGUUGUUGCAGAUGUUUCUAUGCCAAUCAUUGGUAUGGACCUUCUACAACACCACAACUUAAUUAUCGAUACGCGCAAACGGAGGUUAGUAGACGGAAACACUAAUUUAUCUGUUUGCCUGACUUCUUUUUCUGGUUGCAGGUUAUCCCCAGUCACUAUUAAGCACACUAUAGACCCCUUCUACCAACCACUACUCGAUAAAUAUUCUGGCAUUUACCAAUCGCAACCGAAAUUGCCGUGUGUAACCAGCAAUGUUACACAUCACAUCACGACUACAGGACCACCUGUCUUCUCGAAAGCACGCCGACUGGCCCCCGAAAAGUUAAGGUUGGCGAAAAACGAAUUCGACCAUAUGAUAAACUUAGGAAUCAUACGACCGUCAAAUAGCCCAUGGGCAUCUCCGUUGCACAUGGUCCCUAAAAAGGACAGCAACGAUUGGCGUCCAACUGGUGACUAUCGGAGAUUGAAUGCAAAAACCAUUCCCGAUCGUUACCCGUUGCCCCACAUUCACGAUUUGACAGCUACCUUGAAAGGUGCAACUGUCUUUUCAAAAAUUGACUUGGUAAAAGCUUAUAACCAAAUUCCUAUGGCCACUGAAGACAUUCCAAAAACCGCUAUUAUAACGCCCUUCGGACUCUAUGAAUUUUUGCGAAUGCCUUUCGGUCUGAGAAACGCGGCACAGACUUUCCAAAGGUUCAUAGAUGACGUUUUUCGAGGUCUCAACUUCGUACAUGCAUACGUUGAUGACUGUCUAAUAGCAAGUCCGGACAGAGAAUCACAUCUCCAGCAUCUGGACAUUGUUUUCGACCGACUACAAAAACAUGGCAUUACCGUAAACAUUCAGAAAUGCCAAAUCGGAACCGAAUCCUUAGACUUCUUAGGACACACUAUAGAUGCGCAUGGCAUUCGACCCCUUAGAACGAAAGUGGCGGCCAUUCUGGAUUACCCAGAACCGACCACCAUCAAGCAAUUGCGCACGUUUAACGGUCUGGUAAGUUUUUAUAGACGAUUCAUACCGAAAUGCGCGUUACUUAUGAAACCCCUUACCGACCAACUUCGUGGAAAUGCGAAAUCCAUUAAUCUAGAUGACACUACCCGAAAAGCAUUCUCCACGGUUAAGGAACAUAUCGCCCGAGCAGCAAUGCUUGCUCAUCAGGACCCUAAAGCGCCCAUUAGCAUCUCAGUAGACGCAUCCGACUCAGCAAUCGGAGCAGUCUUACAACAAUGGGUUAACCACUCCUGGCAACCUUUGGCAUUUUUCUCUAGACGGUUGCUAGACACUGAAUCGAGGUACAGCACAUUCGGUAGGGAACUCCUAGCUAUGUAUUGUGCUGUCCGGCAUUUUCAACACUAUAUCGAAGGCCGUGAAUUUAUCAUUUUUACCGACCAUAAACCACUUACCUUCUCCUUAAGCUCUUCUUCGGACAAGUACUCACCACGUGAGUCUCGACAACUGGACUACAUUUCGCAGUUUACUUCAGAUAUUCGACACAUUUCUGGAGCAAACAAUGUAGUUGCAGACGCCUUGUCUCGUAUAAAUUCCUUGAACAGUUCCCAAGGAAUCGACCUUUUAAAACUCGCCCAACUUCAAAAAGAAGACAGUGAUCUUCAGCACGAGUUGGCCUCAACAACACUUAAACUGCGCAUUAAACAGAUGGGAACAGGUAAGGAAACCUUACUUUGUGACACAUCUACAGGUAGGGAUCGCCCAAUCGUGCCGAAACAAUAUCGACGCAACGUCUUCGAUACGUUGCACAGACUUUCUCAUCCAGGUGUUCGUGCAACCAUCAAGCUUAUAGCAGAACGGUUUUGCUGGCCUGGUAUGAAUAAAGAUGUGAGGGAGUGGGCACGCUCCUGUGUAAGCUGCCAGAAAUCUAAGGUUAUUAGGCAUAACAAAUGUCCCUUAGGCUCGUUUAAAACUCCCGAUGCUCGCUUCGACCAUGUUCAUUUGGAUUUGGUAGGACCUUUACCAGAUUCAAAUGGAUAUUCUUAUCUUUUAACAUGCGUAGACCGUUUUACUCGAUGGCCAGAAGCAGUACCCAUCAGAGAUAUUACUGCUGAAACAGUGGCCCGCGCCUUCGUCGAGAGGUGGGUAGCAAACUUCGGCUGCCCAACAACCAUUACUACAGAUCGUGGACGUCAGUUUGAAUCUGAACUGUUCCGUUGUCUGACCAUGAAACUAGGAAUCACUCGCUUUCGAACGACGGCCUACCACCCACAAGCAAACGGGUUAGUAGAACGUUUUCACCGACAACUAAAAGCGUCACUAUCAGCCUCAAACAUUUCUCAGUGGACUGACGCUCUUCCACUCGUCUUACUAGGCAUACGCAAUGCAGUGAAAUCUGACAUUGGAUACACUGCAUCUCAACUUGUUUAUGGUACGACCCUUCGACUUCCAGGAGAGUUCGUAGACCCUUCAUCCUCUUCGAUGGACAUGGAUCUAACCUCCUACGCGAACAGGCUUACAAACGCAAUGCGUUCAGUUAAACCUGUUUCCACUCGACCACAAUCAACUGAUGUUUUCGUUCAACCUGACUUACUACAUAGUACACACGUUUUCGUGCGUCGAGACUCGCAUCGACGACCUCUCGAAUCAACAUAUGAAGGACCUUUCAAAGUUCUUCAACGCGAAUCUAAGUACUAUAUAAUAGAUAAGAACGGAACCAACGAAAGCAUCAGUAUCGAUCGCCUCAAAGCAGCGUAUAUAGAAGGAAAUCCUAUUCACGUCGAUUUUCCUUCAAUACAAUCGCACGACACAACUCCUGCGCUUAUAAUGCCUCAAUCGACAGCAGACACACACGUUGAUACUGCGACAGUAUCCGAAAAUAAACUCAAAACAACGCGUUCUGGAAGAAGAGUAAGAUUUCCAGAACACUUGAACGAUUACUGCACGUAAGACACAAGUUAACAUUUUAUAUCCCCUCGAUUUUCCCUGGUACUAUAUAUAAUUUUUUUUAAAAAAAAAAACCUGAAUUUAAUAUGCUUAUAUAUUAUUAUUUUUUUUAUUUCAAAAAAGAAAAAAAACAAAAAAAUAACGAUAUUAUAAAAAUCUUAUUUUACGCUACUACGUGAGCAUGAGUUUGUUUUCCUUUUUCUUCGCCCGUUUUGUGUUUUCACGCGCGUACGAGUGUUUUCCGACAUGCACUUACAUAUUUUUCUUUUCUUUUCCAGGACGACUGGAAAAGACGAUGAAAAGAACGAUGAAGUUGCGAAAAACGAAAAUCUGCAUUGUACCUUUUUUUACUAUAUUGUACAUCAUGGUCCAUUAUAGUAAGGAAAGACGACCAGACGCUGCUAAACCUAGCAAGCUAUCAGAAGAGUGUUUACCAACGAAAAUCUCGUUGGGUUUAAACUUCUGGCUGGCCACGUCUUAGGGUCAUCACUACCCCACUAGGGGGGGGAGUGAUCUGUAGCGGUAAAUAAUUCCCCAAAAUCAAAUAGCUCUGUAAGUUUUCGACAUUGGAUGCUGACCACAGUUUUAGUGGACUCAUCUAGCUGAAGGCGCUCGGUCAAGCAUCCGCACCAGAUCACGUGUGGGAACGCCGUGCUCAACAUCUGCCUCAAUCGCUAGCCAGAUUAGUGCAAACGAUCCUCGAUAUAUUGAUAGCUUAUCAAAUAUAUCUUCGAUCUCCUCGCUUCUGUCUUUUGAUUUUACUUGGUGGGUGCGCUUCGUAUUAGAAGGUGUUACUGGUUA